AUGAAGAACGUGUUGAAGGAACUGUUUCAGGUUGGCGGGAAAGCGCUCAUCUUUAUCAUUGUGCUGGGGUUGGGUGGAUCAUUUCAGAAUGGAUUUCAUCUCACAGCGAUCAGCUCUCCGUCUCCAUACAUUCAGAGCUUUAUUAACAGCAGCUGGACGUAUCACUAUGGAGAUGUUCCAGGAGAGAAGACUGUUACCUUUAUCUGGUCUGCUGUGGUGGCUCUAUAUGCUUUUGGAGGUCUCAUUGGCUCCAUGACAUUCAGACACUUAACCAGUCAUCUGGGAAGAAAAGGAACCAUGUUGUUGAACAGCGCCAUCGCAGUUGUGGCCACAGUAAUCAUGUACAUUAGCAAACCUACAUACUCAUUUGAGUUGAUCCUUGUAGCACGCUUCCUAUUUGGAUUCAUAGCAGGGCUAGGAGGGAAUGUCCAUGCCAUCUACCUGGGUGAGAGUUCACCAAAGAAAAUUAGAGGCAUGGUGACUCUCACUGCCUCUACCUUUUUGUCCCUUGGUAAACUGGCAGGACAAUUUGCUGGCCUCAGGGAAAUUCUUGGCCGUGAAGAAUGGUGGAACAUUCUGUUGUGCAUCCCAACGUUUUUUUGUGUGGUUCAGUUGGCAGUCUUGCCAUUCUUCCCUGAUGCUCCACGAUAUAUUCUGAUAGAGAAGGGCAACACUGAACAAUGCAGAAAGGCACUGCAGUGUCUAUGGGGACCAGGUGAUUAUAAGUUGGAGAAGGAGAUGUCGGAAGAGCAGGCAUUCAUUGGAGAAGAGCACAAUAAGAGUUUGCUGGAUCUUCUGAGAGACAAACACCUGCGCUGGCAGGUUCUUUCCCUGAUGGUCAUAAUCGGAUGCAUCCAGUUCAGCGGCGUCUCUGCUGUCACCGUCUUCUCUUUCAAUAUAUUUCUGGAAGCGGGAAUUCCAGUGGACAAGAUCCGUUAUGUCACUCUGGGCAUAGGAGCAUCAGAAGUUCUUAUCUCCAUAACCUGUGGCCUGUUCAUUGAGAGCGUGGGGAGGAGAGCCUUGAUGUGGAAAGGGUUUGGGGGCAUGUCAGCCAUUAUGGCAUUAAUCACAGUCACUCUGUACCUAAAGGACUACAGCCCUGUGAUUCCAUACAUCACAGUCAUCCUCAUUUUCCUCUUCAUCAUUUUCUAUGGGGGAGGCCCAGCUGGAAUAGCCCCAUCGCUCGCCAAUGAGAUCUUCAUCCAGUCAUACCGCCCAGCUGCAUUUGUGUUUACCGGCUUCCUGCGCUGGCUAGGAUUCACCAUGCUUGGAUUCAUCUUCCCAUUCCUUAUUGCCGUUCUGAAGUCUCUGAGCUUUGUUCUCUUCUCCUGCGUUUGUCUGAUAGCCGCUCUCUACGUCUUCUUCAUCCUUCCUGAAACAAAAGGCAAAACUCCACUUGAAAUUUCCCAAGAGUUUAAGAACAUAAGAGCGUGUGGAUCCUCCAAAGAAGAUGUCAUGUGCUUAGAGACUAAGCUGUGAAGUUCAAGAUAACUUGCUUUGGUAUGUUGAUGUAAAUAUGGAUGGAUGUGGACUGGCGUUACAUUAACAUCAUAUUUAUCAACAUCAUAUUUAUAAAGACUGCUUAGCUAAUAUUGUAAGAAAAGGAUACUGAUGGUCUUGGUUUUAUUUUUGCGCAUACUUAACAUUAAAUAAAUAAAUGCACUUGAAAUAUUGAUUUAACUUAUUAUGUGAGAAGAAAAAGUGUACAGAAGCAUGAAACAGCAGAGGAAAUCAGUAGCUAGAACGGUCAGUACAUUUUAGUGAUCAGAGAGCCGUGUAAUAAAAGAAAUAAUACUAGAGGUUUUUUUUUAAUGAAUAAAAAUAUGUGAAAUACAAAACUUGUUCUGUUAUUUAAGGGACAUAUUUGCUUACCACUCAGAACACCUUGUAAAUUUCAGGACCUUUUUAUUGUAGUUUCAUUCAUUUCUUUCUCAUUGACUGAAAAAUGUCUAACUACAUUACGUAUUGUCUAAAGCAACCCAUGCUUAUUUCUGACGUACCAGUUGUACAUUAACUAGCCAAUCAAACAUUAUAAUGUCAUUGUAAUCUCUGCAUGACAGUGCAGACAGUUGAACCAUUAAGUGAGGUUAACCCUGUUUUAUUUGCCCACCCAGGUUAUUGCGCAGAGGCUCUGGGUUUGUAGAACCCAUGAAGGUUUAGCCCUCUUAUCAGUCCCGGGCAGACUGUAUGGGGCUUCCCAGCCUUAUUAGCAGGUUAAUAGGUACUGUGUGAACUUCACAGACCAAUAAUGAUUGACAUAACUAGAUGCUUUAUCACCGCCUCAGCUGUUUCACAGGAUUAACUGGAGGAUUAAUGAUUAUGGACAUCCCAAAACACCCUAAUCAUAUCGGAACAACUUUAUGUGAACAACAUGUUCCCUGAUGGGAAUGACCCAUUUUUAGUUAGAAACUAAUGAGGACAUUCAAAUAGGCACAGGCUUCAACACAGAACCACACAGACCCAUUUUGAUACUCGUUAUUAAACUACAUUGACAUAUCAUGUAUAUUAGGUAUAAUACAGCAUCACAUGUAUAUAUUACUAUAUUAUAUUUGGGUGUUUCUUCAGAUUUUGCUUUAGGUUUUUAUUUGUAAGUCACUCUGGAUGAAAGAGUCUGAUAAAUAAAAAGAAAUGAAUUGAAAAAUUGUUUACAUCAUAAUUUUAGUUAUUCAAAAUUCAUAUCUUUUUAUAAUGGAUUUUAAAAUGGACUUUCAUAUUUUAAUGUAUAAUACAUUUUGAAAAGUAGCAAAAAUAAAUAGACUUUUUUGACAAAAACAAAAGCUGAAAUUUGUUAUUUUUAACAGAAAUCAGUCUCUGCGAGAUAAGUUAAAUAACCACAUGUACAUAAUUUCAUUUCCAUUUAAAUUAUGGGACAUUACACAAUAUUUUCAACUGCCAAAGGGUGGCGCUGUAUAUUCACUGCAGAGUUACAGUAAAGCAAACUGCAGUGAGAUUUUAAUAAGAACCAAAGAGUGAAGUGUUAUUAAAUUCAUUCAAUAUGAUGCAUGAGAAUGUUACACCAGAAGCACUUUUCUUUAUUACCAACUCUGAUUUUAGCUCUUUGUAAACCUCUUUUAUGACAAUGUUAUUUA